AUGACUAACCUCGUCACAAGCUUCCUUGGUGCAUUGUGCUUGCAUGUAUAUAUUAAACAAUGUUCCCUCCGUAUUCAAACUGUGCUUACCUCUUUUACAGGUGGAGUUAGAAAUCAAAACAAAAAGAAGGUUCUUAGUCAACUCGGGCAGUGUCAAAAAUUCAGACCUUUUCAUGUGACCUCAUCUCUGCAGUCCAAGGGAGGAAGCGACAAUGGAAAUGGAGGGGAGACAGGGGGGCCAGAUCAAGGGGGCAGUAGUAUGGGGGGAGAGGAACGUAGAGUCAGGCCUUGUUCAAAUUGUGGAGGCGCCCUCAAUAUUGACUCCAGUGUGAUGAUUAAUGGAUUUGUGAAAUGUGACAACUGUAAACAGAUGAUCAUGGUAUCAGAGGAACAAGUUGACCAAGAGUUUAUCAGAACAGAAGAAGAGGACAAGAGCAGUAUACCAACCCCUAAAGAGAUCCAUAGAUUUCUGGAUGAACAUGUAAUUGGUCAGGAACUGGCAAAGAAGAGCCUAUCUGUAGCUUCCUAUAACCACUAUAAGAGGGUCCGCUGGUGUAAAACUAGCAGUCAGACAUCUCAACCAAAACCCAAACUCGGUGAAAAUCUCUUUGCAGAGUCCUUGGAAGCGGCCAUCAGAGGCCAUUCCUCCAGUGCCCUGGGGUUCAACUCUCACCAAGAGGAGGAGAGUGACCCCCCAAUGUUAUCCCCAGAGACAGACUCUAAACCAAUCACAUUACAGAAAAGUAAUGUCUUAAUGCUAGGACCCACUGGCUCAGGGAAAACUUUAUUGGUGAAGAAGUUAGCAGAAUGUUUGGACGUUCCAUUUGCGAUGUGUGAUUGUACGUCCAUCACGGCUGCUGGUUAUGUCGGAGAAGAUGUGGAGUCCGUCAUCUACAGACUACUGGAGAAUGCAGACUUCGAUGUCGAAAAAUGUCAACAAGGUAUUGUGUAUCUUGAUGAAGUGGACAAGAUCAGAAGCAUUGUGCCUGGAAAUUCCUCGAGGGGCAUUAACUCCUCCCGAGAUGUAGGUGGAGAGGGCGUACAGCAAGCUUUCCUCAAACUCCUGGAGUCGAACGUCGUCAGUGUCACUGAUAAAAUGGGGAAAAGAAAUGCACAUGAGACCACCUACCAAGUGGACACCACUAACAUUCUAUUUAUAGCCUCAGGGGCAUUUACUGGUAUCUCAGAAAUUAUACAUGGCAGAACCAAUCAAAAGAGUUUUGGCUUUGGUAAUCACGAUGAUAAAUCUCUUCUGAUGGAGGAGGAGGAGAGGAAACUCUCAGAUAUAGAACAGUUGAACCUGAAGUACGAUAGACUUCUGAGUGAGGUAGAGACAAGUGAUGUGGUAAAGUUUGGACUGAUUCCCGAAUUUGUGGGCCGGUUCCACAUAGUGGUAUCGCUACACAGUCUUAAUGAGGAUCACCUAGUGAAAAUCUUAACAGAAACUAAAAACUCUCUUAUAGCACAGAAGGAAUUCCUGUUGUCUUAUGAUGAGUGCCAGCUGAUUUUUACAGAUAGUGCUCUAAGAGCCAUAGCACAAAAAGCCAUAAAGAAGAAAACAGGAGCCAGAGGCGUUCAUCACAUACUGGUUGGUUUCCUUAAACUACUUACACUAAAACUCAGUUAAUAUGAAGUCAGAGGGGUCUGUGAA